AGGCAUGAAUCCUUUCCACGUCCGCCAUUUUGACAUACGGUACUUUUCAAGAGUGUUGGUUUUAUGUUUUAUCGUUUCCCGUGAAAAUAAUCUUUUUUACUGAAACGUAAGUAACGCAAGUGGCUUGUACGGGCGGCCUGACAUUACGGGAAGCACACGGUAAAUCAGACGACGUUUCUAAGUAAUGGAAGUUUGAGCGGGGAACCUUUGACGAUUCGCUGGGGAGUAGGUCGAAGGUGACAGACAACCGGGUGUACGCAGUGGCUUCGCAAACCGCACAAUAUCUUCCGCCUUGCUCGCAAUACCUCGGUAUUGGCGUAUUAGCUAGCCGAUCACGUAUCAAAAGUGCAUAGAUCACCGACGAAACACUCUAGAGUGAUCCCCGACGGUAUAUACAUAAUCAACACCAGCCAUGGGGAACAUGUUCACAACGUUAUUCAAAGGCCUCUUUGGCAAAAAAGAAAUGAGGAUUCUGAUGGUGGGUCUUGAUGCAGCUGGUAAAACCACAAUUCUGUACAAAUUAAAAUUAGGGGAAAUUGUUACUACAAUUCCCACUAUAGGUUUCAAUGUAGAAACAGUCGAGUACAAGAAUAUAAGUUUUACUGUAUGGGACGUUGGUGGCCAAGACAAAAUCAGACCUCUCUGGCGACAUUACUUUCAAAAUACACAAGGACUGAUAUUUGUCGUUGACAGUAAUGAUAGGGAACGUAUCGGUGAAGCGCGCGAAGAAUUGAUGAGAAUGUUAGCAGAAGAUGAACUUAGAGAUGCGGUACUCCUUAUAUUUGCUAACAAACAAGAUCUCCCAAAUGCAAUGAAUGCAGCAGAAAUUACCGACAAGUUGGGCCUGCACUCUCUACGUAAUCGUAAUUGGUACAUCCAAGCAACGUGUGCCACAAGUGGAGAUGGACUUUACGAGGGUCUUGAUUGGCUCUCCAAUCAGCUCAAAAAUGCCAAUCGCUAAUUGGACCGUUAUUCUGUCAACAUUCAGUUGCUAUAUUAACAUCAUAAAAAAUCAGCUGCACACCUGUCCCCCCCCAUGAAUGAGUAAUAAUAUAAAAACAAAAAAAACAGAGGUAACACUAAGUGCAAACUGCAAGAUCGUCUUGGAUCUUGAGUGGAGGGUGGAAAGAUUAUCGAAAGUUGUCAUUGUGCCAGGAAGUUUUGUCGGGGGGAGGGGAGUGGGGAAAUUCGGCCGGAAGCACACAUUCGAACGGCCACACAGGACUAUUUGCCUUGUGCAACUUAUUAUUAUAAUUAUUAUUAUAUUAGCAUUAUAGUUACACUUUUUACACAGAGAUACCACGAGAAAAGUGGAAAAACUUGGAAGUAAUUGUAUUAAAGUACCUAACUCUGAAACAUACAAUACACAUUUGAUUAAUUAAUAAUUUGAAUAUCUUUCGACAAAAAAAGUUUACGAACAACAAAAAAAAAAACCACAAGUGAAGUACCCACGGUGUUGUCAGUUUGAAUGCGUUGGACAUACUGAUUAUCAUAAUGUAGCUGCAUAUUGUACAUUACAUUAUAUAAAUACGAUGAUAAAAAUGUGAUCAAUAGAUGAGAGAAUGUUGCUCUGUCCAUUACAUUACAAAAUGUCACAUCGGAUCACCAGUUGACAUGAAAAAAAAAAAGAACGUAAUGAUGCAGUGAGUGGUAACCGACGGUGCAAUGACUUACUGUUUCUAGUUACAGAAGUUUGUUUCUAUUUUUUUAAGUUUUCAGUGGUAUACGUCGAAAUGAAAAAAAUAUGAUGAAAUGCAAAGCAAAACUAUACAAAUGGUUGUCUUACUGCUUGGUUAUCGGCAGGUGCAGUUACUGCACCCUCCUUCACCUGCUCGCGAUACAACGGUUAGCCAACCAGGUAUAUCUCAGUGUAAAAGAGAUAUCAUUUAUUUAUUGCACCUUGAUAAGGUAACAAGAAGAAUUAGAAUAUUGUCAACAUUCCGAAAUUAUGCAUCGAUCGUGGCGGGAAAUGCAGAUGAAUCAUUUGAGAAAAGAAAAAAAAAGGUAAAAGAAAAGACGCUGAAAAAAAACGUGUGAAGCAAAAAAAAGAACUAGGAAAGAACCUCUCGCAAGCAACGAGAGAUAGGCCUCGCAAUUUUUAAGCCAGCAAUUCCGUACUGGCAUGGCGAUCCGCCAGAUGAAGCCAUUUUUGCAAGCCCUUCAAUCUCCUAAUGUUUUCCUUGUCCUUUUAAAAAUACAUUGUUUUUACGAAGUAAUAUUCCCCUAAAUUGAUCAAAUCGCCUUUCCCUCCUAUGCGAAGAUUCGUAUAAUUAUAUAUGAAUGUUUAAACAAUUUGUGAAAUAUACUGUAAUUGUGCUUUAUGUAGUCUAUAUGUUAUUUGCCGUUGAAAAUAGUUUUGUUUU